CCGCCACGCCCCGUCCCCUCACACACUUUUCUUGUUGCGCUGGAUGCUGGGAAGUCUACACCCAACAUGGCAGGAGACUUGCAAAGAAUCUGUGGCGCCCGGCGAGAGGAAGAGGAGGACGCCUGAGAGGGGGACUAUGCGGGUCACACGUGGAUGCUGUCACUAGUUUCCAUUUCCACGGCUCCAGUCAUCUUGCUCCAGCGAGUCUGCCUCCCCACCACACGGCUCCAUAUUUGCACAGUCCUUCACCUGUGGCUGCUGGGCUGCAGGCAUGUCAUUGAACUCCCCAUCACGGGCGACAGCGACACCACCCCCCACCUCUCCCCGCUCGUCAUCUGCCGCCCAGGACCGCAGGAGGAGGAGACUCUGCAGGUGAGAGAUGGAAGAUGACGGCAAGAAGGCAAAAAAGCAGCCUGGAAUUGUGUCUCCAUUCAAACGUGUGUUUCUGAAGGGAGAGAAGGGCCGGGACAAGAAGGCUCAGGAGAAGGUGACGGAGCGGAGGCCCCUGCACACAGUGUCCGUGUCACAGGCGGAGCAUCGCGUGGAGCCGGACGUGCUGCUCAACGAUUACAUAGAGAAAGAAGUCAAGUAUUUAGGGCAGUUGACCUCAAUCCCCGGAUACCUCAACCCUUCCAGCCGCACAGAAAUUUUACAACUUCUUGACAAUGCAAAGCGCCUGCACCAGCUUCCUGCGCAGCUCACCCAGGAGCACGACGCGGUCAUCAGCCUGUCCGCCUAUAACGUCAAGGUGGUGUGGCGGGACGGCGAGGACAUAAUACUGCGAGUCCCCAUCCAUGACAUCGCCGCCGUCUCCUACAUCCGGGACGACUGCCUGCACCUGGUGCUCCUCAAAACAGCCCAGGACCCCGGCAUCUCUCCCAGCCAGAGCCUGUCCGCCGAGAGCGCCAAAGCACUGACCUCUGGAUCCCUGUCGGAGUGCGGGACGGGCCCCGUGGAGUCCUGCUGCCUGGUCAUCCUGGCCACAGAGAGUAAAGCGGCUGCGGAGGAGCUGUGCUCCCUGCUCGGACAGGUCUUUCAGAUCGUGUACACAGAGUCCACCAUCGACUUCUUGGACAGGGCCAUAUUCGAUGGGGCGUCCACCCCCACCCGCCACCUGUCGCUACACAGUGAUGACUCUUCGAAUAAGGCGGAGGGGAAGGAAGCCUACGACCUGGAUGCGGGAGCCUUCUCCUUUCAGGACUCGCCAGAUAUCGAGGGAAACUCUCCGCCUCACAACAAGACGGCGAGCGAGAGCGAGCUGAGCGCCACGGCGGCGGAGCUGCUGCACGACUACAUGAUGACGCUGAGGACGAAGCUUUCCUCCCAGGAGAUCCAGCAGUUUGCGAUGCUCCUCCACGAGUACCGGAACGGCGCCUCCAUCCACGAAUUCUGCAUCAACCUCCGGCAGCUGUACGGGGACAGCCGCAAGUUUCUGCUGCUCGGACUUCGGCCGUUCAUCCCCGAGAAGGACAGCCAACAUUUUGAGAAUUUCCUGGAGACCAUCGGUGUGAAGGACGGCCGCGGCAUAAUCACGGACAGCUUCGGCAGGUACAGGAGGACCAUGAGCACCGCCUCCAACUCCACCACAAACGGCAACGGCGCGGCGGAGGGAUCAGACGACCAGUCGGUGCCGUCUGAAGGAGACGAGUGGGACCGGAUGAUCUCCGACAUCAGCAACGACAUUGAGGCUCUGGGGUGUAGCAUGGACCAAGACCCCCCACCACCGGGGCCCCCAAAUUACUCCUGAUCCCCACCCAGGACUGAGUCGUCGUCAGGUCAAUGCCACUGGCGGGUAUUGACGCGUUUCCACGCCUCCCGCCCUCCAUAUUGCAGGUGCUGUCCCUAAGCUGUUGGAGCAUCGGUGCCCACUAGAUGGCGCCAUCACCUUCCCUUUAUUACUACAGAGAAACUUUGGUACCCAAAUUUUGUUGCGCCACAAGACUGCGUCAGUGACCCUCAUGUGGGCGACUUUUCUACUCAUUUGUUACACCCCAACCCCUUCGUACAUUUUCGGCGGUUUCUACGAUGAAGUUUUCUACUUUGCACAAGAACUUUUUUUUGUUGUUUCGCUUGUUUUUCAAGUUGUGUUUUUUUUUUUUAAUAUAAAGUUCAAAGAUGAAAAGAAGAAAAAAAAACAAAAAGUUUACCACAAUGUGAAUCCGGACAGACGGCGUGUGCUUGUGUAUGUUGUAUUCUCACCAGUAUUUGCCAGCUCCAGGGGCAUGGGCCUGCAGCUCAGCAGACAGGGCAGGAUGGGCGCAGCCCUUGGUGGUGCCCUAGGGUUACACGAGCUGGAUCUCAGGCUGGCGGCCCGGGGCACCGCUUCUAUUUAUAGAUUUUGUUAUCGUUUGUAGGACAUUUUUGUGCUGUUUACAAGAAUCGGAUCCCGGUUCUACCACAUCGUCUCUGUCUUAGCAGUGGGUUCUGCCAGCGUGCCAACGCCUCGUCUCAUGGUCUGGUGUAAAGCCUGCAGGUUGCAAUAGUAUUCAACCCCUUGGAUUCCGCGUGUUUCUCACUCUUUUACACUAGUCUCAUCCAGAGCUGUGUUCAAGGUUUUCCACUCUCCUUGACCCUGUUCACACAUGUCAGUCUCUUAGUGCCCGCUCUGCAGCGGUGCAUUGAGGGAAAUGUAGUGCACCAGACUGUAUACAUUGCAUUUCCCACCACAUUGUGCUUAGUGAUGCCAUUCAGGCUGCAACUGUGAGAACGGUGCGGAUGGUUUCCGAGGAUAACCAGCGGAACUGCUAAUGCAGCUCUGGAUGUAACUAGAGUACAAGCUAUGAGUCUGAAUUAGUACAAGAUAAAUGCUGCAAAGCAUUUACCUAGUUCCAUAAUAUUAUAUAGAGGUGUAACCUGUGGGUCAGUGGUCUCUAACCCUCCAGCUUUUACAAUGUAUACUGGGAGUUGUAGUGCCAUGACGGGUUGAGAGCCACAGGUUGCAGACCACUGCUGCUUUCAAAUAUACUUUGUUCAGUAUCAACGCUUGCUGUCAGUAAUUAGAAGCCUUGUCCUGUUCUGGUCCUACUCGUGCAGCUGAAGGUUUAUUACAUACGAGCUUUCAUCAGCAAGAACAUGAAUGUACAGAUACAUUGCAGCAGACCCUCAGCUGUGUGGGUGGGACUACGCCUCUGAAUGUAAACAAAAAUCCUAAUAUUCACUGACAGACCCUCAGAAUCUACAUUCUGCAAGUGUUUGAACGAUGAACCCCAUAUUCCAGGAUUUCCCAGAAUUCCCUGCAACCCGGUCAGAUAGCUGUGGGAGCCAAGAUAGGCAGGCCGAUUGGCUUACAAUUGUGUUGGGCCACGAGGACUGUGUACUACGGGGUUACAGGCCGCACCCUGAGUCUGAGGAAAGCUCUUACAGUUCGUCCUAGCAGAGUCAUGCCAGUACAGCUAUUUCCUUUACAUUUAGCCAAGGUGGAGUUCCCCUUUAGUCCUAUCCUACUCCCGCGAGAGCACAGGUAAGUCUGCGGCGGCUAUCUUUAGGUCAGGUGAGGCGGCUGGUGAUUUGAAGGUUUGUACUUUGAAGUUUGUCUUUUUUUUUGUUUUACUUUUGGAUUUUUAGUGCUUUUUAUAUGCUUUGUUUACUUAUAUGUAAUAUUUUAUCUGUAAAUAUACACAAGCAUCUAA